UGUAUCUUUUCCAUUUUGCACCGCUCGUGGCCGCCAUGUUUGGGAUGGGCAUGCCUCGCAUGCCUUUGCCGCGUGCGCGUCCUCCACCCUCCUGGGGCGCGAUGGGAGCCUCCCCGGCCGUGGGAACCGCGGGAACCGCGGCGCUCCCGAGUGCCGCGUCCACGGCCACGGCCCUGCCGGUGGGACGGAUCGACAAUGCGGCGGCGGUAUUGAAUUCGCGCCCCGAGUGGGCGCCCCCGACUUUGGAGCCCAAGGACUUCUCGGAGCUGGAUUCAAAGAGCCAGUUGGCACUGUUUUGCCAGAAGAAGCUCGGCCAAGUCUUCAAGCAGACGGACAUCAGCUACGUGAAUAACAAGUUCGACAUGGGCUUUCAGUCGAUUGUGAAAUUGACUUGCCUUGGUGGCCAAGAAUUCGCCGGCGAACUCCAGACAACUGCGUCACAGGCAGAGCAAGCAGCGGCAAAGCAAGCUAUGGAAGCAUUCAAGGAGGAAGUCACACAGCUUGGUUUGGAUCGCAUGAGCGCUGCGCAGGCCUCCAAGAAGAGAAAAGGUGCAGAGAUCGAACCCGGCGUGAAGAAACAGAGGCUACUUCCUGGCAUAUUGGGUGAGCCUGGACGGGUGGCAGCUGAUGCGGGCGUGGUGAACACCACCAGCAAGAUGGAGCUCAACACCCACUGCUCCAAGAUUGUUCGUAGGGUGAUGGAGAAGUCAGAUGUCACCUAUGAAACCGAUGCAGUGAUGGAGGGCGGCUUCCAGACCAAACUCAGGCUCAGCUGUUUGCCUGGCUUGUGGGGGAGCAGAGUCUUCGUGGGCGAGGUCCAAGCCAAGAAGGGUGAAGCGGAGCAAAGCGUCGCGAGCAUCGCCCUGGCAGCGAUCCAGAGCGAUGCCGACUUGAUGAGCAAGUUCAGUGCACCGCCCAAGCAGAAAGUUCGACCUCCAGGAAUGAUGAUGACGAAAGGGAAAGGCAAGGGCAAGGCUGGAGCAGCAGCGACCAGCUCCAACAUGCUACAGCUUCAGGCCAGCGCCUUCAAUAUGCCUCAGAUGCAGGUUCUGACGGGACUUGGAAUACCUGGCACCGGCUUUUGGUGAAGCCAUUGACUUCACAAAUUGCCCUGCCAGGGUCGUCUCACAAAGCCUGAGUUGCAAUUUUUUUGUCAUCUCACGGCUGCAUCUUAUCAGGAAAAGAUCCAA